CCUUACUUUUUCGUAUUAUUUUUUAAUUUUGUCUAACGGUCUGGUGAACCUAAUUAUUGGAAAUAUAUUCCUAAACAAAGACAUUCAGUGAAAUCAUAAUCAAGAAAUCAUGGAUUUAGUAGAAAAGGCAGCGGCAAUGUCGUUGGAAAGUAAAGCCAAGAAUGUUCAGACGAAGAGGGAAGACUAUAUCGAUUGGAAGGAGUAUUUUAUGGCCACAGCAUUUUUGGCGGCAAAAAGGAGCAAGGACCCAAGUUCACAAGUUGGUGCUUGUGUAGUGAAUAAAGACAAUAAAAUAGUAGGAACUGGGUACAAUGGAAUGCCCAUUGGUUGUAGUGAUGAAGAGUUCCCGUGGGGAAAAUAUACUGAGUCACCUUUAGACAGCAAAUACCUAUAUGUAUGCCAUGCAGAAAUGAAUGCAAUCCUCAACAAAAACGCAGCAGAUGUAAAAGACUGCACUAUCUACGUUGGCCUGUUCCCGUGCAAUGAAUGUGCCAAGAUCAUCAUCCAGUCCGGCAUCAAGGAGGUGGUGUACCUGUCAGACAAACACGCACACAAGCCAGAGACCAUAGCUUCUAAGAGGAUGUUCGAUGCCGUAGGAAUCAAAUAUUGGCAGUACAAACCAAAGAAUCAGAGGAUUGUCAUAGAUUUCUCAGAUAUAGACUGGAAUGCUAUGAGCCCAUAAACGCAAGUACCUGUGAGUUUAACGUAACAGUACCUUAUGUACAGUAAGUAUUUAACCUUGACAUAAUAAGCUAAAUUGUGAUAUAAUAUUAACAAUUAUAUUUUACGUAACAUUGUGUGAAAUAUAUGUACCAGCUUUUACUUAAC